GGUACUUUGGCCAUAGCUGUUCUGUUGCCAAACAAAGUGAGCUGAACCCCUACUUGAUGCAAAUGAAGCAACAAGGUGCACUGUGCCUUUAAAUCAUGACACCUCCCAGUAAUGGCUCAGUGCAGGCUGUCUGAGUUUGCUCUUAAAUCAACCCAGUGUCCCACGACGCACUGGAGAGGAGAGGAGCGGAGCGGCAUGGAGUACACUGCAAACACAAAAGAAGGAAACUAGAUGGAUACUUUUCCGCUGAACAUUACAGGCAGGUGCUGGUCAAGUGGAGGAUUUCCAAACCGGGACAUGGAUUACAGGCGCCACUUUAGAUCGAGUUGACGUGGUCGCGUGAAAAACAGGUGGAUCCCGUUUGUGCGCGCCACUUUGCGUCCACCUCCUUUCACCUUUAUGGGGAACCAGGUGGAGAAACUCACUCAUUUGAAUUACGACGAGGUGCCAACGUCGGAUCCAAAUGGCUUCGAGCCGGACGUCGAUGAAAGACCGCGCAUCGGCGUUUCUUACAUUUUCUCCAACGACGGUGGCGACGACGACGAAGAGGACGACGACAGUUCGGAGCGCUUCCCGCCGGAGAAGGACCUGGCAAAGGACGAGGAGAAGCGUUUCGAACCCGCAGACGAGCUGGGGUGUUCGGUUUAUUUCCGAGAGGAGUGCAUGUUCGAGAGGAAUACCGGAACCGACACCCACUCGGCUGAGAGUCUCCUCAACAAGUGCAGACCCGGAGACGUGGUGGAGUUCGUGGCCACUGGACAGUACCCGCACUGGGUCGUGUACGUGGGCGACUUUCAGGUGGUCCACUUGCAUCGGGCAGAGAUUAAAAACGGCUUCCUCACAGACGUGAGUCAAGGAAAGAGGGGCCGUAUAGUCAACGGUCUCUACCGGUUCCGCGCGCUCCAGCCGCAGGUGAUCGUGCGCAACGCCGUGGACCACGUAGGCUCCAGGGAUAGAGAACUCUACUGGAGGAACUCCGAGUGCUUUGCCGCCUGGUGCCGCUUUGGCAGGCGAGAAUUUAAAAUAGGAGGCGAGAUUAGGAUCGGAAAACAACCUUACCGCUUAAAGAUGCACUUUUCUGAUAAGAAGAGCCACGUCCUGGAGUUCCAAAGUUUGGAGGACGUGAUCAUGGAGAGGAGGAGGAGUGAUCAAAUCGGGAAAGAUGCUGUUGUGCAAGAACUGGCCAAUCACCUGAACGCAACACAGGAAUUUCAAGAGGACUCAUUAGGCAAAUGAGGCAGUGUUUAUUAUCCUUUUGCCCAUGAUUCUAUUGGUUUAAACACAAAUGUGCAAACAGGUGGAGUGACACUUGUUUGCAUUCGCUCCUCAUAAAAAAAAAAAAAAACAUGACUAUUAUUUUACUUAUGCAUACAGCUACACUUGCAAAAAAAGAGCCAGCAUUUAAUAACCCACAGUCCUAUUUUCUCACUUGUUGCCAAUGAUGAAUUUCUCCAAAAAUAAAAUCAAAAUAUUUUGUCAACUUGUGCCAUGCAACCUUUUGUUACUGUGUCUGUUUUUUAAAGUUUUAGAUCCAAAAAACAAAUGAGAUUCUAAACAUUUGCAAUAUGCGAAAUGAAUAAUGAAACCGUGCAAUAUUUUAUAAAAAAAAAAAAAAGACAAACUGUGAAAAAAUAGGCAAUGCAUACAAAGUCCAUCCAGUGUUGAAUAUAUACGAUAAAGAGUAUUUGCAAUCCAUCGACUUCAUAAUGUUUUAACAGGACGUGGGGCCGAUUCAUAGGAGGCCUAUCUCCGUCAAAGCUGAGCGAGUGGAAACAAAGAGCUUUUUCCGUUGAAAAUUCUUGUGAAUAAAUGCUUAAAUCCCUGAGUUCUUUAUAGAUAUGGACGUUAAAGAGUCUCGGUGCCUGGUUAAAAGCAAAAAAAAAACAAAAACGUGCAGGUAGCAUUUAUUUUACGUAAAUAUUGCAAACUAUGAGGCUAGUCAGUAAGGAAAUUAGUGGCCACCAUAUGUAAACAAAGAGCUUUUUCCGUUGAAAAUUCUUGUGAAUAAAUGCUUAAAUCCCUGAAUUCUAUAUAGAAAUGGACAUAAAAGAGUCAAUUCUAGGUUAAAAGCAAAAUACUGCAGGUAGCAUUUAUUUUACGUAAAUAUUAUAUAUUACGUAAGUAUGAUGUCAAUGCUGUUGUGGCUAAUUUCUCCCAUUGAUUUUUUUCACAACGUUUCAAAAUGCAUGCAUGGUAUGAAAAAUAUAAUAAUUACCUUGAAUCCUCGAACAAAUCGAUGAGACAAUCCGUCCUGUUUGUAUGUGGUGCAGCUUUCGUACUUUUUCAACCUAAAUCUGGCGUUGGAUCGCUGAAUGUGUUGACUAACUGCGACCGACCGCGAAUAAAUGAAGCGGUAGGAUGGCCCCUUACUUGAAGGCGUUGCGCAGCGGAUGUGACCCGUCAAUACAAUUAUGAAGUCUAUGUGCAAGUUCAACUUAAAAUAUAAUUGUGUGGAAACAGUUUGACACAAAAUAUUGGAUUAAUAUGUGACUGCACUUAUUUUUCUUAAUAAUUGUCGACCUGAUUCUUCUAUCAAAUCACAGUAUAAAGCUUUAACUACUUUUUGGCCACUCUGCCAACACUGUUUGCAGCCAAUACUCAGCACUUUCCUUGACUUGUGUCUCUUUUGAAACUAAAGACCUUUGUAUGAAGAAACCUGGAAAUAAAUAUAUAUUGAUCUAUA